AUGACUGACGAAGCCCAUCACCCCCAAACCACCAACGAGGGCGGUGGAGUGAGCGGUGAAGUUACCUCUCCUGCCUCAUGGUACAUGAUUACCUACAGCAAUGCCUGGUUCCAGGUUGUCUUGAUCAGCUUUAUUUGCUUCUGCUGCCCUGGACAAUUGCGAGCUUACUCCUCCGAGAUGUACAUUGCGCUCACUGGACUGGGUGGCUCGGGACAAGUGGACGAAACCGUUGCAGCAAACGCGAACGUUGCCCUCCUCUCUGCGACUGCCGCUACCGCGUUGUUUUUAGUUGGUCCCAUUUUCUCCAUUAUCGGCCCGCGGGCGUGCUGGCUCUUGGGCGGAUGGACAUAUGGCCUCUACAGUGUCGCGCAGGGAGCGAUCAUGACCUCCUACGUCUCCGAAUCUCAAAAGGGGCGAGCUAUCGCGGUCUUCUGGAUUAUCUUCAACCUUGGCGGUAUGAUCGGCUCGCUGGUUAGCUUCGGCCUGAAUUUUCAUUCCAAGUCCAGCACCGUCUCGAACAGCACACACAUCGCCAUCAUGGUGAUCAUGUUUUUCAGGUGGGCGAUUGGAGUCUUCAUCUGCCCACCAACUCGCAUCCGGCUCGCGCAGCUCAAAAUGGCCGAAGAAGAAGUCGUUCAUCAGCCCUUUUUCGACAAAAUUCGAACCAUCGCCAAAACGCUCUUCACCUUCAAAAUCGUCUGCAUCCUCCCGCUCUUCUUCUGCGCCAACGUCUUCUACUCCUACCAACAAAACAACGUCAACGGCACUACCUUCAACAUCCGUACCCGCUCCCUCAACUCUGCCCUUUCCUGGUUGUCUCAGAUGUUCGGAGGCCUCUUCAUGGGCUAG